GGCACGGGUAACAAGUUACAGGGCAUCUGCGAGACGUUUCACUCGGCGAAGUUCCGUGUCGAUGAGACUGCGAUUCCGAUUGGUCUCAGCUUCCAUGUGGGCUACGUGUACGACAACCUAAGGGAGUAA